CUCUCUCUCUCUCUCUCUCUCUCUCGGGUUGAUUAGCAGCUAAUGACUACUCCAACGGACCUCGCACUUACAUAUGCUAAACUACUGAACGGCUCGUGCACUUGCGAGUAUCACAAGUUGAGGAUGCAGCUGAAUCCAUUUUGGUGCAGCUGAUCCGAUGACAACAACGGUGCAAGUGAUCAGCUCAUGCAUGGUGGUGGUGCGAGGAAGUUAGAUUCAGCUUUAGGCAAGCGAAGAGUUCAAGGUGUGACAGAACAAAAUACUUACUCUCUCAAUUUCAAACGAUAUAGUUUCACAAAAGCCGCAAGACCUACCUAAAGACAGAACUAAGAAGCAGGAACAUGAGACAUCUGCGUUCGCACCAAUGCCCUUGGCUUCUCCGGUAAAUUUUUCACCUGGUAAACCACCUGUUCCAAUGUUUCUUGGAAAGGCCAGUAAUGGAUUGCCAGCUGCUCAUUCCAGGCAACUUAGAUUCACUCCUGAAUCUCUGGUUCCUCACUUGGUUGGUUCUGAGAAGAACCAUGAUGAGCAAAGGACAGAAGGGUUUCUACAUUUGCAGAACCUCUUGAAGCAAUUUGAUGAUUCUGAUCAGAGAGAAUACAUCCAGACGCUUCGUCAUUUAUCGCCAUCUGAGCUUAGCAGACAUGCCGUUGAGCUAGAGAAAAUAUCAAUGCAGCCAUCAGUUGAGGAAGCAAAAGAGAUCCGAAGGAUGAUGGCUCUAAAUAUAUUGGGGAAGUCUUCAAUGACAAGCAAUUUUUUAUAGGCAAUUUGAGAGUGUUCAGUCCAACAAGUGGAAAGCGAUUAAAGAUUCAAAAUACAUUGAUAUGCUGUUUUUGGUGAUGGAUCUUGAGCAACAGGAGGUAGUCUACUCUUACCAGGAUAAUUUGUUCUCUCUCUUUUUAAUUUUUCUUUUUAUGUUUUGUGUGCUUUUCCUACAUACAUGAAGCUAACGCUUAAGUUCUUAUUGAAUCAAGGCCCAGUCACAUAGUUUUUUUUUUAAUAGAUGAUCGCUGUAAUGA